AAGUCGAAUACUGGGGAAGCAGCCCCGUAGAAGUUUCCAUAGAAAUCCAAAAAUCCCUGGAUGGAGUCCGCCCCUUAAGAUGAGUCAAGUGGAUACUCUGUCUAGGACCCUUCAGUCGAAAGUGAGUCAGGUAAGUGAAGGUAAGUUAAGGUAAGUUUAGGUAAGGUAAGGUCUUCACUCGGUCCACACAAUACAAACACACAAACAUAUUCUCACGACUGUCGGCGGAAACAUUUGCUGGUCAUCUGGUCAUCUGUCUGCGUCUUGGCUGGGCUGGGAUACGUCGCCACCUAAAGCCUGCAUCCUGCAUCCUGCAUCCACAGCACUGCAGGCGCCCGAGGAGGAACCGAUAGGGAACAAUUCCCAGAUUGACUACAGCUGCUGCGGCCACAACUACUGCAGUUACCAUGCCCAGGAUAUUCCACAGCCGUUGGCCAAAGACAUCUUAAUGCUGAUCAUGAUCUAUGUGCCGUGCGUGGUGAUUGCCAUCCUGAUGGUAGUUUUCUUCUUGGAUCCGCUCACUCGCUAUGGCGAGGGGCGCAAGGGUUCCCAUGCGAAGGAAAGCACUGUCAUGAGAAAUCUGCUGGCAACAGUCCGCCAACUGAAGCGCACCAAUCAGCAGAUGCUCAUCCCACUGACCAUCUUCAUUGGGCUGGAGCAGGCCUGGAUAGCGGCGGAGUACACGCAGAGCUUUGUGGCCUGUGCCCUCGGCGUCAACAUGAUCGGCUACGUGAUGAUAACUUGGGGCGUCAUGGACUCCUUAUUCUGCUUUAUAUUCGGCAUAUCAAUGCAGUACAUCGGCCGUUCGAUGAUUAUAUUUAUAGGUGCCUCCUUGAACGUCGUCGUAAUUGGAUUCAAGCUGCACUAUCGCCCCGUUCCGGAACAUCCCGUUAUCUUCUAUGCCCUGGCCGGUCUCUGGGGCAUCAGCGAUGCCGCUUGGGUCACCCAGAUCCAGGCCUUCUACGGCCUCCUCUUUCGACGUCACAAGGAGGCCGCCUUCUCCAACUAUCGCCUGUUCGAGUCGAUCGGCUUUGUGCUCGGCUUCAUCUACUCCAGCCUGCUGUGCGUCCAGUCCAAGCUCUAUAUCAUGCUGCUUGUACUGACAUUGGGGCUGAUCGGAUUUCUGGCCGUUGAGGUGCUCUAUCAGAAUAAGGUGAGUGUUAUGCCCGCAGGUGUGGUGGGUUUCGGCUCGGGGUGCCGCUCAAUUGUGACAAGAGAGACAGACAGACAGAGAGAGAGAGAGAGAGAGACUCCAAGCGAAGUUCAUUCUCCACGAUAUAAUUCGAUUGUCACGCCGCUGGACGGAUUAGUGUGCUCCCGAGAUGCGGACUCUGUACGUCUUCUUUGCAUUAGUUUGCUGUCUGCUCUGGCUGGAUGGAGGCCAGGCCAAGCGAAGUGAUGAUGCAGGUGCUGGUGCUCUUGGCCCGACGAUUGCUCAGAGAAGUGCCACAGAAGUAAGCGUCUUCAGUGGUUCUACAAGAUCUGAUCAGAAAUCUGCAUUUGGAUCUGUAUCGGUGACUGGAAGAAAUGGAAGGCCAGCUGCUCCUUUCCGAUCUCGUUGUCCUUGCUGUGGUGGCACUGUGGGGAGCAGAUAUGGUGGCAAAGGAGGUUAUGGAGGGGCUGGAAAUGGCGGGCAUGGCGGCAAAGGUGGAGGAGGAGGUGGUGGUGGUGGAGGCGGAGGCGGCAAUGGAAGCCCAGGAAUGCCCGGCGGCAGUCGAAACUAUAAUCAACCAUGAAGUAACGGCGAUCCAAGCGGAUCCUACAUAAGCCUGUGUAUUUCUUCCAGCUGUUAUUUGUUCUUAAUAAAGCCCAGGAUCGGGGAUCCAAGAGUAUCGUA